GGGAAGGAGGGCGGCCGCGGAGCUGUAAACAAUAGCCCGGCUCGCGACGCCCCGGCCGCGGUCGCCUUUGUUCGGCGCCGCAGCUCCCGGCAGCGCUCCGACCGCGGCCCGAGGGAGAUCCUUGCCUUCCACCUGCCCAGGGGCACCUGGCUGGUUUUGUCCUAUCACUGCAAGCACAUGAUGGAGUGAAAGAACAGGUGCCAGCGUUUGGGUAUAACAACAAAUGAAACCAACUGCGUGCUUUCAGACUAAGUGGGAGAAGAUGAACUUCACCUGUGCCUAAGAGGGCUCCCAGGGUGGCGAGCUGAUGUAUGAAUCUUAAAGAAACAUCUCUCUGUUACUUAGAAUUAAGUACAGACAGAAUUCCUGUUGUGUUUCUUUCACCUGAGAAAAAUACUGAAUUUGCAACUGACUUUUCACAGUAUUGUUAUUUAAAGCACAACCAGGAGGGAGAAUUGCUGCUGUAAAGAAAUCUGAAGAUGAGUGCCCACACACAGACUGCAGAGAAGGGCCAGAACACAGCUCUCCUCUGCCAGGAGAGCUACGUUUGCAGUGGGACAGAUGAGGCCGUCUUUGAGUGUGACGAGUGCAGGAGCCUGCAGUGCCAGCGCUGCGAAGAGGAGCUGCACCAGCCAGAAAGGCUGCGGAACCAUGAACGGACCCGCAUAAGGCCUGGCCAUGUUCCUUACUGUGACUCCUGCAAAGGUGCCAAUGGGAACAUCAUGCACGCCAGUAUGACGGGAUCGAGACAGAUAGCAGCGGUGAGGUGCCAGGUGUGCAAAAUCAACCUCUGCGUAGAGUGUCAGAAGAGAACACAUGCUGGGGGGAACAGGAGGAAGCACCCUGUCACUGUGUACCAUGCUGGCAAAGCCCAGGAGCAGGAAGAGGAGGAGAUGGAUGAGGAGACCAGGAGAAGGAAGAUGGCUGAGAAAGUUGUGAGUUUCCUCUUGGUGGAUGAAACUGAGGAGAUUCAGGUAAGGAAUGAGGAAGACUUUAUUAAGAAACUGGACUGUAGUCCUGACCAGCAUCUAAAGGUAGUGUCCAUCUUUGGGAACACAGGGGAUGGCAAGUCUCACACCCUUAACCACGCUUUCUUCUAUGGCCGGGAAGUCUUCAAGACAUCUCCAGCCCAAGAGUCCUGCACAGUUGGAGUCUGGGCAGCCUAUGACCCUGUCCGCAAAGUGGUGGUAAUUGAUACAGAGGGCCUCCUGGGGGCCACCGUGAACCUCAGCCAGAGAACACGGCUGCUGUUGAAGGUCCUGGCCAUCUCUGACCUUGUCAUCUACCGUACUCGUGCUGACAGGCUCCACAAUGAUCUCUUCAAAUUCCUUGGUGAUGCCUCAGAGGCUUAUUUAAAACAUUUUACCAAGGAGCUAAAAGCUACCACAGCCCGGUGUGGCCUAGAUGUUCCUCUGUCAACUUUGGGUCCAGGUGUCAUCAUCUUCCAUGAGACUGUGUACACCAAGCUACUGGGCUCUGAUCAUCCUUCUGAAGUUCCUGAGAAGCUCAUUCAAGAUCGGUUUCGGAAGCUAAGCUGUUUUCCUGAGGCUUUCAGCUCAAUCCAUUACAAGGGAACAAGGACAUACAAUCCUCCAACAGAUUUCUCUGGACUUAGACGAGCUGUGGAGCAGCAGCUGGAGAACAAUACAACUCGGUCACCUAGACAGCCUGGUGUUAUCUACAAAGCAUUAAAGGCUCUGAGUGACCGGUUUAGUGGGGAAAUCCCUGAUGACCAGAUGGCUCAUAGCUCUUUCUUUCCAGAUGAAUAUUUCACAUGUUCCUCUGUGUGUCUCAGCUGUGGGUGUGGCUGUAAAAAGAGCAUGAACCACACAAAGGAAGGAGUCCCUCAUGAAUCCAAAAGUCGAUGCAGAUACUCUCAUCAGUAUGACAACAGAGUCUAUACUUGCAAGGCCUGUUAUGAACGAGGAAUGGAGGUUAGUGUGGUGCCAAAAACCUCUGCUUCCACUGACUCACCUUGGCUGGGCCUUGCCAAAUAUGCUUGGUCAGGAUAUGUGAUUGAGUGCCCUAACUGUGGAGUGGUGUACCGCAGCCGACAGUACUGGUUUGGCAACCAAGAUCCUGUAAAUACUGUGGUGAGGACAGAAAUUGAGCAUGUCUGGCCAGGGACGGAUGGCUUUCUGAAAGACAACAACAAUGCAGCCCAGCGUUUAUUGGAUGGGAUGAAUUUCAUGGCACAAUCAGUAUCUGAACUUAGCCUGGGACCCACAAAAGCUGUGACCUCCUGGUUGACAGACCAGAUUGCCCCAGCUUACUGGAGACCUAACUCUCAGAUCCUGAGUUGUAAUAAGUGCAACACGCCUUUUAAAGAUAAUGACACUAAACAUCACUGCCGGGCCUGUGGAGAGGGCUUCUGUGAUGGCUGUUCUUCCAAGACCCGUCCUGUGCCUGAGCGAGGCUGGGGACCAGCACCAGUGCGCGUGUGUGACAACUGCUAUGAAAACAGGGGCAUCCAGUUAGAUGUGGCUGAGCUGCCUUCAGAUGAAGAAGGGGGGACGCUUAUUGCCAGGAAGGUGGGGGAAGCUGUGCAGAACACUCUUGGAGCAGUGGUGACAGCCAUGGACAUUCCCUUAGGUCUGGUAAAAGAUGCUGCCCGACCUGCAUACUGGGUACCAGACCAUGAGAUCCUGCACUGCCACAACUGCCGGAAGGAAUUCAGCAUCAAGCUUUCCAAACACCACUGUCGGGCCUGUGGCCAGGGAUUCUGUGAUGAGUGCUCACAUGACCGCAGAGCGGUUCCUUCUCGUGGAUGGGAUCACCCAGUCCGAGUCUGCUUUAACUGCAAUAAAAAGCCUGGCGACCUUUAACCCCAGGCUCAUCUCCAGAUCUUUGCAAUUCCUUAUGUUCUCAGGGUUACAAAUGAAAAUAUUUGGUCUCCCUUUCACUUCUUAACCUGUUGCAGCCAGAGUGCAUGUUUCCAGUCUCUGGCCUCCUCUCAUGUAUUAUAUCCAUCUUGGAAUGCUGGGAAUGAACUUCAGUUCAGCCGUUAGGUUUUAAUUUGAGAUUAACUGGGGAAGGGAAGGAGCUCCCUCGUAAAUGAGCAAACCAAAAUCCAGUAUAUUUUAUUUCAAUUUAACUAUAUCUAUCUAUCUAUAUAUAUAUGAAUAAUUUAGCAUAUUAAGAAUGCAGUUGGCUAAUGAAGCUUUGAGUAUUCCUAGUUCAAAUGAUGGAUGAUGGUGUUCCUUGCUAUGUUGGAUCAGACACGCAACCUUCUGAUUCUUCUGGAACGUCAUACUGAUCAUGAUGCCAUGUGAGGAAGGCUUGGACUCGGUGCUGCCAGGAAAUCACAGGCAUCUCCAAUGCUGAUGGUAUGAAUUACACCUGGUAAUUCAGGCAGCCCUGCAUCUGGAUGUGCCAUGCUCCUGGCUGUUCAUUAGGAAGUUUGUUUGGACUAUGAUAUGAACAGUGGUCUUGCAGUGCAAGAAGUAUCAAGUUGAAUGACCCUCUGGUAGAGACCAGUAGAGCUUUCAAAGGUAAAGCAACUCAUAUAGCACAAUGCAAAGCAUUCUGAGUUCUCUAUUUCUACUUCAGUACCAGAUCAAAAGGUAGCAGGGUUUUGCUCUCCCUGGUAAUAUUCUCAUAUACUCAGGUUGUGGUUUUUUUUUUCAGGUUUGCCAGCUUGUUGCAAUUAAGUUUUGUACAGAGCAGAAUAAGAGAACAAGUUGUGUAGGCAAUUCUGAGACCAGAGGUUUGGUUUGCUUGGGUUCUGAUUUUUCUUUUUUUUCCUCCCCCACUUUUUCAAAAGAUCUCUGAUUCUGUGGAACUUCUGGGUUCUCAGACAUGGUUGUGUAGAAACUGCACAGAUCUGACAGCUUUUUUUUUUUUUUGCUAAUAAUAUGAGCUUAUGAAUCCACUUGAAAAAUGGGAACCUUUCUUUUUUGCUCCUAGCAACUGACUCUCACUGGACUUCAUCCUUUUAUUAAAGGACCGCAUUGAAUUCACUGAUUUUUAUUACCAAAACCACCACUUAACCUAAUUAAUGCUGUCUUGUACUGUGGAUUUGUGGUUCCAGUUAUAAGAAGUAAGAGACCAUUGUGGAUUGAACUGCCUAAAAUUCUUUGUUGUUGGCUUACAUAGUCAAGAAUACUUCUACCACAGGAGACUUGUCUCUUCUUGGAGUGGCUGGAGUUUGAUGCAGUGUCCUGAAACUGUGGUAUUUUUUCCCCAGCUUCUUCUUACUAAAUGUGCUCUUCUGUAGAUGAGUGCCCAUCACCCUGUUUUAGGCCUGUAUUAUUAAAUUAACUGCUAUAAAAAGACUUUAUCUUCUGAACAAGCAUUCUGACUUUUUCCUUGUAAGAAGUAGUUCUCACUUGUCUCUGAAAGACUGUACUGAGUGAUUGCCCCUUUGCAACUACAUCCAGCCUGCGUGUGGAAGUAGACUUGAAGACUUCCAGGACACCUUCUGUACUGACCAAGUUUGCUGGGGACUAUCUCACAUUUUAAUAAGCAAACUCUGCCAUAACCGACAGAUGCCCAAGGGAGGGCACGAGUAGGUAGAAAUCCUCUCUUCAAAACACGUUCUGCACAUCCAGCAUAAUUCUGUGCUUCAAAGUCGUCUUAUUAUUUUAACGGGCGAGCAAUGUGUUCUUGGUUUGUAGGCUGUGCCCUGUGUGCUAUUUAUGCAUGAGCCUUUACUAUCAUGUUAAUGCACAAAGAAAGCAGCCAUGACAUUCCUUGUAUAAAAUUGUUGGCAUCUGUUUCAA